CCUGCAAGUGGCCGGCUGUCUGUCUCUUGUGGACUUAGCAUUGAAAGAGAAGUUGUAUUUUUCUAUGAAAUUUACUUGAAGAAAAUUUCCAGCUGGUCAUCUCCAUGAGGUAGUACUUUGAAACAAUAAGCUCCACGAGGUUUAGUCUAUAUUCUGCUAUUGAUAUUGAGAGACUAAAGCUCUUGGGGAAUCGCCAGCGUCGACGACGAUAAGUUAAGGUGAGGUUUUUAUCGACAUAUGGUGUGUGUUUGUUCUGGAUGUUUGCAAUUAUCAGGGACUGAAAGAGGCUUAAGAGGGUCUUAUCAGAGAUGGCUGAGAACUAUAGGUUCCCAAUGGACCAAAAGGAUAUUGUUCGGGUAUUAGUCACCACUGUAGAAAGUUUUGUCCAAGAUCGGUUAAUCAAUAAAGAACAAAGGACCCAGCACAAAGAACAGUGUGCUGAAAGAUUGGCAGCUGAGGAUGGAAGCUAUGACAAGGAUGUGGAGGUCAGGUACUCGGAUCAAGCAGUAUUGGCAAAUUUGGACUGGGGUAUUGAAGCCCUUGAAGAAGCAAUCAACACGCCCAAUAUGGAAACUAAGCUUGCACAGUUAGACUAUGCACAGAAGAUGCUGCAUGUGUGUGCCAUGCUGAACUCAAACCAGAAAACUGCAGGAGUUCCCAAUUACUAUCUCUCUGCAUGGGCCCAUCUCAACCUUUCAUACAUGUGGAAAUUGCAUAACAAUGUCAACAAUUCAGUUCUACAUAUUCUUGAGAUGUUUAUUGUUGAUCCAUUCUUCUCACGGAUUGAUUUUGCUCCUGAACUCUGGAGAGACUUAUUUCUUCCACACAUGAGUUCAAUUGUCGGAUGGUAUUCCGAAGAGAGACACAGGCUUAUGAUGGAUCUAAUUCCUGAUUCUUCUGAUUUGUCCUUCACAGCUGAUUUGGAUCAAUUCUUCAAUGAGUCCUCGAUCCUUUCUAUGAGGCCAGAUCAACUAGAAAAACUGCAAAAGCUGGAGCAGCUUUAUGGAGAAUCAUUGGAUGAGAACACCAGGCUUUUUGCAAAGCACUAUAAGGAUUGUAUGACCUCUGAUUCAGGGAUAAGCAGAAAGGUCAUUCCAAUGUUGCCCAUUGCUGAGCCACCAAUGACUCCUUUGCAUGAAGUUAGCCGCUCCAUUCCUGAUUAUGUAAAAUUUGGUCCUAUCUUGCCAAAGAGUGCUGGGUUUUCUCCAGUUCUUCAAUCUAAACAUGGUGCAAAAGAGGCUAGCAGGCGCAAUAAAACUUCAACCCUGUCACAGAAUUUGGAAGAGUAUGCUAUUUGGGAUCCUCAAGUGCGCUUGCUUGAGGAGAAUGAAGGUGACUCUGAUUAUGAGCGUGAUGAUGCUUAUAUGGAUUCUGAGGAUACGAGUCAUGCCUUGAUAGCUCUUAGCAAGGUGAAAAUGACUGAGAAUCAAGAAUCUGGAUCAAAGGGACAGCUAUCUAAAAUUAAUAGCCAAACACAUUCUCCCACAAUUAUUUCACCGAAAUCAAAGAGCCGAGCACAUUCUCCCGCAAUAAUUUCCCCAAAAACAAAAAGCCAAACACACUCUUCGGCAGGAAUUUCCCCCUUGGAUUCCCCUAAAACACCAUGUCAAAAUUCAUCUAUGUAUGCAGACAUGCAUUCUAGAAAAGAACCAUCUGUACUGCGCCUUUCUUCCACCCGUGUCAAUGAUUUUACCAUAGCCAGCUCUUUGCCUAUUUCUCCUUGUGCUAGUCAUGAUGGCAGAAUCAGCCCAGGGGACUCAGAUGGUGAAGUGAAUGAGUUGCAGAAAAGUUGCUUGAGAAGCCAUGGACGAACACGGAGUAUGAGCUACGACAAUGUGAAUAGCCAAGUAGUAGAAAAUAGCAUUGUUGUUCUCUCCAGUCCUUUUAAUGAUAGUGAUGAGGGAAGCCAGAGCUGCAUUUCACUCCCCUUGUCUGAGAAGUCAACAUCUCGAUCCAGACCACCAAAAGACUUUGUCUGCCCUAUUACCAGCCAGAUUUUCAAUGACCCGGUUACUCUCGAAACUGGUCAGACAUAUGAAAGAAAAGCAAUUCAAGAAUGGAUUAAAAGAGGAAAUACUACAUGCCCUAUUACUCGGCAACCCCUUUUGUCAAGUACACUGCCCAAAACAAACUAUGUCUUGAAGAGGCUUAUAACAUCUUGGAAAGAUCAGUAUCCUGAUCUGGCUCAGGAAUUUUCAUAUUCUGAGACAGCAAUGAAUUCAUUAAGCCCUUCAUCUGCAAGAGAAUCUCCAGUUCUCUCCCCCUUGUCCAAAAAAUUUGAUUUUUCUAGUAAAAAGAGUACUGAUGCUUAUAAUAACUAUAGGAACAAAAGAUUUGUAAGAGCAGUAGUAGCUACAUCGCCAACCAGUGUAAUAUCUCAAGCUGCAGUUGAGACUAUCAUCAGUGGGCUAAAUCCUCAUGUUUCCUGUAUCUGCACUUCGGAGAACUUGCAAGAAUGUGAGGCAGCUGUGUUGGCAAUGGCCCGAUUGUGGAAGGAGUCAAAAGCUGAUCCUGCGGUUCAUUCUUAUUUGUCCAAACCGACAAUUAUAAAUGGAUUUGUGGAAAUAUUAUCUGCUUCUCUUAGCAGAGAAGUUCUCCGAACAUCAAUUUACAUACUCUCAGAGCUAAUGUUUGCAGAUGAAGGCAUUGGAGAGACUCUCACCAGUGUAGAUACUGAUUUUGAGUGCCUGGCUGCUCUGCUGAAAAAUGGGUUAGCUGAAGCAGCUGUGCUGAUAUACCAGCUGAGACCAGCAUUUGCUCAGCUUUCAUCUCAUGAAUUAGUACCCUCCCUUGUCCAUAUAAUCCUGAGCAAAAAUGAAGACUUGAAUGGCCUUCAAUUUUUGGUGGAGCCUAAGGAUGCUGCUAUAGUAUUGCUUGAGCAGAUACUGAUGGGAGGGGAUGAAAACAGCAGGUCCCUUAAUGCCACGUGUGUUAUUUCUGCAAAUGGUAUUCCUUCCUUAGUUAACUCUUUGGAUAGGGAGGAAGUAAGGAGGUCCAUUGUCUCCAUAAUGCUAUGCUGUAUGCAUGCUAAUAAAAGCUGCAGAAAUUUUAUAGCGAGGAGAAUUGAGCUGUCUCCUGUUCUCGAAUUAUUUCAUGAUGGAGAUGACAGCAUGAGAGCUGUAUGCAUAAAUUUUCUCGUUGAGCUAGUUCAGUUGAAUAGGAGGACAUUCAGCAACCAGAUCUUGCAGAUGAUUAAAGAUGAAGGAGCGGUUAGUACAAUGCACUCCUUUCUUGUGUAUCUUCAAAUGGCACCCAUGGAGCAGCAACCUUCCAUUGCUACUCUACUUCUUCAGCUUGAUCUUCUGGUUGAGCCUCGGAAGAUGAGCAUUUAUAGGGAAGAUGCUGUGGAAGCACUGAUUGAAGCACUCCGCAGAAAAGACUUCUCUAAUUGUCAAAAAAUGGCUCUAGAUGCUUUAUUAUCCCUUUCUGGUUAUUUGACUUCAUCAGGGAAGGUCUAUACUGAAGCCUGGUUACUAAAGCUCGCGGGGUUUGAUCAGCCUUAUAAUGCUUUAAUGAAGGCAGAGGAGCUUAUAAAGCUUGACUAUGAUUCUUUGGAAACCACGGAAGAUGAAGAGAAAGCUGCAAGCUCAUGGGAGAGAAGAGCAGCUUUUGUACUAUGCAACUACGAAAAAGGUUCUAUAUUCAAAGCUUUGGAGGAGUGCUUCAAGAGUAAUUCCUUAGAGAUCGCGAAAUCAUGCCUUGUCAUAGCCACAUGGCUAACAUACAUGCUUUCCCUGCUUCCUGAUACGGGUGUGCGGCAUGCUGCUCGCAAGUACUUGCUUGACGAAUUUAUUAAUGUUCUCCAGUCAUCUAAGAAUCUGGAAGAGAAAAUUUUGGCUACUCUUGCUUUGAAAACUUUCAUUGGUGAUCCAGCUGCGCUUGAGGAAAUGGGGAAGUAUGCUAAAUGCAUCUACAAAACAUUGAGAAAGCUUAAGAGACAUUCGAUUGUAGUCCCAGAUAUACUAAAAGCUUUGAUGAACUUAUCCUCAAUUGAUGCGAUGGAGUUGUGGAGUUCCACUGAAGUGGUUGAGUUAGAGUUAUAUGCCAAUGGUGAGGUUCUGUCUUUAUUGCAUCUGAAAGGUCGUUUUUUAAGUGGCCAUUCAGAUGGAACUAUCAAGGUCUGGGAUUCUGGAAAGAGGGCUCCAAGGUUGAUUCAAGAAGUUCAUGAACACAAAAAGGCAGUCACAUGCCUGUAUGUCACAUCUUCUGGAGACAAACUAUACAGUGGUUCCCUGGACAAAACAAUUCGGGUCUGGGCUAUUAAACCUGAAGCAAUUCAUUGUGUUCAAGUUCAUGAUGUGAAAGAGCCGGUACAUGACUUGACUGCUAAUGCUAAAGUUGCAUGCUUUAUAUCUCGAGGGACCGGAGUUAAGGUGUACAACUGGUCUGGGGCUCCAAAGCAUGUAAAUUUCAACAAAUAUGUGAAGUGCCUUGCCAUGGUGGGUGAUAAGCUGUAUUGCGGCUGCUCUGGUUACAACAUACAGGAGGUGGAUUUGUGCAAUUACACAUGGAAGAUAUUCUAUUCCGGAACACGGAAAUUGUUGGGGAAACAAAGCAUACAUGCCCUUCAUGUUCAUGAUGGUCUUCUCUUUGCUGGAGGUUCUACAGUUGAUGGCACGGCUGGAAGGACUUUUUCCCUUUCCACCAUGGAAAUAACUGGAUCAUUCUCAACUGGGUUUGACAUCCAACGCAUAACGGCCAACAAUGACUUCAUAUUCACCGCCACAAAAUGUGGGGUGAUUGAGGUUUGGUUGAAAGAAAGAGUAACCAGAAUCGGUGCCAUUAAAGUGGGAGCUGGAGGACACUCCAGAAUUACAUCCAUGGCUACAGAUCAAGAUGGAGGAAUGCUUUAUGCUGGCUCUUCUGAUGGCAAGAUCCAGGCUUGGUCUCUGGACUAGAAGCUCAUCCAGAAUUUUCAACGAGUCCGAGGUUGUCUUUGUAAAUUUGAUUCCUAUAGCUAAUGGUUAUUCGUUAUAACUGGAUACCUGACAGCAGCAUCUGAAGAAAAAAUCUGGUGCGUAGCGCUGAUUCUCUCUCAAGCAAGCAUUGUGUAUCAUAAACCGUUUAUCAAUCAAGUACUGUCAUGCUAAAUUUACGUUAAAUCCAAUUAUUAUGAUCCUAUUUAGUAUAUUUGUUGAUUGAUUCCACUCCCAA